UUUAGUAGAUCUAUUUCGGCACACACUUCCGGUUACAACUUGUGUCAAACAAAUUAACGUAACGUAAAAUGACUUAUUUGUAACUUGAUGUAGUCUAGACCCUUUACUAAUCUAGAGUAGUCUAGAUCUAAAAGUAGAAAUUCCACCAUGGUGAAAUUUGUUGCCACAACAAGUCUGUUUAAAUAUACCUGGGAACAAGUUGCAAUAAGUUUUUGGCAGCGUUAUCCCAAUCCUAAUAGUAAGCAUGUACUGACUGAAGAUGUUAUCUCGCGUCAGAUUGAUGGGGACAAAAUCAUCUCAAGGCGUAUGCUCACCAAGACCAAUAAAAUCCCCAAGUGGGGAGAGAAGUUGGUGGGUCAGAACAAGAAUGUAUUAAUUGUGGAAGAGUCUGUUGUCGACAUGUCCCAAAAAACUGUUACUACUUACACACGAAAUUUAGGUCUUCAAAAAAUCAUGAGUAUUGAAGAAAAAUGUGUUUAUAAGAUCAACCCAGAGAAUCCAGCAUGGACGAUAUGUGAAAGAACAGCAUUUGUCUCCUCUUGUGUGUUUGGUGUAGCCAGUGCCUUAGAAGUGUUUGGUGCAAAGAGAUUCCAAAGCAAUGCCAAAAAAGCCACUCAGGGUUUAGACUUUGUCCUUACAUCAUUAUUCCGAUCGGAUCAUCUCAAAGACCACCCACUACUUGUGAGCACAAAAAUAAAAGACACGGCACGCAAAGCAGCUGAGAUGGCCAAAUCCAAAGCACCGCCCAUUUUAUCAAGAGCAUCUUCAACUUAAUAGCUUUGACAUUGACUUUUAGACAUUUGUAACUCGUAAAUGGCAUCACACAGCAAAAUGUCUCAGAGUAGCAAAGCUGACGAUAUGUUAUUGAUGUAAUGGCAAUAUUUCCUAACAGUUUUUAAAUACAAAUAGAAAUUAAUCUCAGGCAUAAGUUAAUGUAUUGAUUAACCCUUUAACCAUAUUGAUUAACCUUAUUGCAUUUUAACUUCAUAGUUUGUCCUUCUACCUAUUCCAUUGAAUUGGACUACAUCUGAAAGUACCAUUUUAGUGAGUCACCUGCUGUGUGGAGUAUUUGUGCCAUGGGAUAAACAAAAACAGUUUAUUAAAUGAAUUAUUUCUGAAUGAGAAUAUCAUUGACGUUGGUAGAUAAAGUAUGAAUUUUAACAAAGUGUUCUGAAAGAUAGACAUACUGUUCCAGAGUGUAGACUAAGGCAGCUUGUUUUAAAUGCUUGAAUAAUAUUAUGUGAGAAAAGGUUUGUUUAAAUCCACUAUAGUCUUUAUAAUUACUACUUACAAUGUGAAAUCUAAUAAAUUAAGAUAGCUUUUAAUCCCUAAAAGCCAGUCUCUAACUUUUAUAUUAUUUUUUUUAAAGAAAAUUUCAUUUGGACAAAAAUUAUUAUUAAAGAGUAUUAAUUUAAAUCUUGUAACUUGAAUACAUUUUCAAUGUUUGUAAUAAUUGUUUUAAUUAUUUUUUGUUUCUCCAAUAAUGUUUUUAACUUUUAGCUAGUUAAAUAAAUUUAACUGUGCUAAAUGUAGUAUACUCGUUGGUAUGUCUAUUAUAUAAAGUAUCCUCUAGUGGAAGAUAUGUUACUUUGUUAGCAUUGACCAUGAGUAAGGUAAGUGUUUCACAAUUUUUCUGAGUUAAUGAAUUUUUGCCAAAAUGUAUUUUGUGAUUGAAGAUGUAUACAAGGCAAGCAGAUAUCAGCAUUUUUUAGGUACAUACCAUAAUAACAUGUAUUAAAACAAGUAAUAUUAAUUGAUACACCUGUAUCUACUUACAAAUUUAGUUUUUUUUAUAUGACUCUAUGUAGUUGAUAGCAUUCGACAAAGAUAAACCUUCUUAGUCACUGCCACUUUUCAUAUAUAUAUAUUUUUGUUAGCAUUCCAUUUCACUUAGCAAUGUUAACAUUGAAAGAAAGGGUGGAGAAUUCAGAUGAUAAAAUGACUUCAAUAUCAUAAUUAUUAUUCUUAGUCAGACGGGCUGAUGUAGUACCAUACAAUAAUACAUUUUGUUAUUGAAUACCAAAUAACCAAUGCCAGGGUUUGCUUUGAUGGGCAUGUUUUUUUUUCCCCUCCCAACAAUUCAUUCAAUAUUUGAGAUCUGAGUGUUUUAGAAGCAUGAGUGCCAAUAAUAUAGGAAUUUAUGCUUGAAUAGUGAUUGUUUGCUAGACACAUUACACCUUCAUAUUAUGGUGUCUUGAUAAGAAGAAAAAUUUUACAGAUGUCCUUUAGUAUUGCAGACUUGAAAAGCUGACACAUUUCCUGUCAACACAUUCUUGAGGCAACUUCUGGUUGAUUACUUUGGUCUAGCUUGACAUUUUUGUAAUGUUUGUAUAUUUGAAUUACAAUUUCUUUUUUAUUUCUAUUCUCCAUUAUUCAAGUGCUUUAAUUUUCACCUGUGAAAUAAUUUGUGAUUGAUAAAUUUGAUCCUUUUGAAACAGCAA